AAUUUCGCUGCGCCUAGCCUCAAAAAGUCAAAGUCCGCUGUGGCAGAAAUUGUUCCCAGGCCAACGCGCGAAGCUACUCCUGGACGCGUUUAUGUCUUUGGAACGGGUGACUGUGCUCAGCUUGGGCUAGGUGAAGAUAUUCUCUCUAGGAAGAAGCCAGCCAAUCUCACUGCAUUGAAUGAUGAGCAGAUUGUUGAUAUUGCUGCCGGAGGUUUACAUAACAUGGCGCUCACUGCUGACGGAAAGCUAUGGUCAUGGGGAGUGAAUGAUCAGCGAACUCUGGGUCGGUCUGGAGAUGAAUAUACGCCUUUGCCGGUUGAAGGUCUUGAUCACGUCAAAAUUAUGAAGGUUGCUUGCUCAGAUUCCCUCACUGUAGCUUUGACAGAAGAGGGUACCGUUUACACCUGGGGAACUUUCCGCAGUGCUGAGGGGAUCCUAGGUCAUUCUAAAGAAAAAGAAGUUCAAGACCUUCCAACCAUUGUCCAAGGCUUGAAUGGUAUUGUAGAUAUUGCGACAGGAACGGAUCAUGUGUUAGCUCUUGAUGUUAAAGGCCACGUGUACAGCUGGGGUAAUGGUCAGCAAAUGCAACUUGGCCGCAGGAUUGUAGCACGUCGUAUCUUGAAUGGUUUAACUCCAGAGUCUACCGGGGCCAAGAACAUCUUCAAAGUUGGGGCUGGUUCAUAUCACUCUUUUGCCAUCGACAAAGAAGGAAGGGCAUAUGCUUGGGGCCUUAAUACCUAUGGUCAAUGCGGCUAUGAGAACGCUAAAACUGAAAACAUCUCUUCGCCAACCCUAAUUGAUGCACUCAAGUCAGAGGUGACGAUUGAUAUUCAAGGAGGCGAGCACCAUACGAUUGCAUUGACUAAGGAUGGGAAGCUGUAUGGAUUUGGCCGCUCAGACAGCCACCAACUUGGACUUGGAUACACUGAGGAACCUGGUUCCGAAGACCCGACCAGCCAUAAGAAAGCCAUCCGUCAUCCUACUUUAAUUCCAGAUUUACCUUCCAUCAAGGCCAUCUCUGUUGGAGGCAACCAUACUCUUGCUUUGACACAAACAGGAGAUGUGUAUGCAUGGGGUUUCGGCGAGAUGUUAGCGUGUGGUAAUGGCGAAGAAGAGGAUGUUGAAAAGCCAUUAAAGCUGACUGGACAGCAAAUUGAGAACUGUCGUGUGCUGAAGGUUGCUGCAGGAGGACAGCACUCUGUAAUUCUCGCCGUGCAAGAGAGGUAG